AUGAAACGAUAAAAUUCUGCAAAUUCAGCCACUAGUCCUACCAAAUACUUUUACAAUACUUCCAAUUAAUUCUCGGAAAUUCUUCAAUAAAUUACACAUAAUUGCAAUAAUAAACUAGUUAAAAAAGCAUAAAGUCCUAACCAAAAUAAUUAAAUGCAAAAAAGAGUAAAAACCUCAAUUCGUAUAUCUCGUAAUCUAAACUUGAAUGAUUAAAAUAAAAAAGUGAAUACAAGUGUUCCAAAAAAUAAAUUAGAAUAUUACUCUGUUUUAGAAUAAAUUGGAUCAGGUAAGUUCGGUAAAGUAUAUAAAUGUUUGCUUUAUUCAACUAAAAAAGUAUAUGCCAUUAAGAUGAUAGAUAAAGUAUAAAUAAAAAAGAAUUAAAUGUUGCAUUAAUUAUCAAGAGAAGUUAUGAUCUAAUAAAUGUUGAAACAUUAAAAUAUAAUUCAAUUAAUUGAAUUUUUCGAGACUAAUACCAAUUAUUGUUUAGUUUUAGAAUAUGCUACCGGAGGAACGUUAUUUCAAACAUUAACGAAAUAAAAUAAUCGAAGAUAUUCAGAACCAGCAGCAUCAAACAUUAUUAAAUAAGUUGCUUAUGCAAUUUAAUAUAUGCAAAAAUUAUCUAUCAUACAUAGAGAUUUAAAACCUGAAAACAUCUUAUGGUGUGAUGGUUUAAUUAAGGUAAGCGAUUUUGGUUGGUCAGUCUAAGAUAAAAAAGAAAGAGAUACAUUAUGCGGUACUAUAGAUUAUCUUCCACCUGAAAUGGUUUAUGGAUAAUAAUAUGAUAAUUCUAUUGAUUUAUGGUCUUUAGGUGUGCUUACUUUUGAAUUGACCACUGGUAAAACUCCGUUUCUAAUUUAAGAAGGUUUUUCUUUACAAUUUCCUGAUUAUUUAUCAGGUGAUGUAAAAGAUCUUAUGAAAGGAUUAUUAACUCAUAAGAAAAACAGAAAAACCAUUGAAUGGGUUUUGAAUCAUGUUUGGUUAACUUGA